ACUGACAUGACUUAAAAGAAACACACCGUUUAGAGUUUUCAAGGAAAACAUUGCAUUAAAAAAGAAAAGCCGCUAUUUAAUAUUUAUUUAAAAAUGUCGGAGCCUACACCCGGUGUAUCGCCGUGUGUAUUCUGUAAUAUUGUUAAUAAAGUGGAACGCACAGAAAUAUUAUUCGAAGAUGACGAUAUUUGCGUAUUCCCUGAUAUCAAACCAGCGAGUAAAUUGCACGUCUUAGUUAUACCAAAGAGGCAUAUUGAAGAUGUAAAAUGCUUGACGCCGGAUGAUAAGGAAUUAAUCGCGAAAAUGUUGAACGUAGCACGUGAUCUCCUUUCCAAAAGCAAUUUACCCUUGGAAGACUCAAGACUUGGGUACCACUGGCCACCGUUCCGCAGCGUCAGACAUCUGCACUUACAUGCCAUCGCUCCGGCCUCAGAAAUGGGUUUUAUAUCACGACUUAUAUUUAAAAAGGACUCCUAUUGGUUUGUAUCUCCAGAAUACGUGGAAUCAAUGCUCGGAUGACUCCCGCAGUCAAAACUGUAGUUAAAUAUAAAAUGUGGGUAGGUUAAACUCAUUCAAUACGAUUUAGAAGAUUUUCUUCUUGUACCACAUGGUAUAACGCCACAUCUUAAGUUUGCUUCAAAUCGUCAAAUGUUUCUUAUAUACGUAAAAACUUAAUUGAAAAACGUAUAAAAUACAAAAAUAAUAAUGUUUUAUAAUUAAGAGAUAACGGUUUACAAACGCGCAUAUAUAUUGUAUCGGGAUCGCCCGACUAGUUUCGGGCCCAAUCAGAGUCCUUAAUCAUAAGCUGCCGCGAUGGCGAGCGAGCAAGUCAAAUUAGUCGAAACUACUCGGGCGAUCCCGAUUUACACUCGUGAUUGAACCGGUAUUUUUACCACGUUUUUAUACACUCACUUUCUUGUUUGUUUGUCGUUCCGAUUGGAUUUUUGGGAGUUCAUUUUGAGGCAC